CAGCCUGCGAGCCGACGACGAGCGCACGGACAUGUGGGCCCAGCUGUCGGUGUUGGACCCAACGCGGCAGGGUUUCGAGAGCCUGGACCUGGUGCCUUGCAUCCGCCCCGCCACGCAGCUGCUCCUGGCCUACGAGCUUCAGCGCGCAGGACGCAGGCUGGCGGCAGUGCCGCGAGACGGUUCCGAGGCCUCGUACGGGGACGCGAGGCGACUCCUGGAGGAGACCUUCUCGCCGCUUCCAGGAGGCGCGAGCACGCUGCCGUCCAGCCUCAAAGGAUGCCGCGUCUUCGCGUUGGUGCUGCUCCGCGCGGAAACCGCCGCCCCCCGCCUAGAGCUGGCGCUGGUGGAGUCUGCGACCCCGCGCGCGGGCUGGACCGCGGCCUUCCUGCACCGCGGCGACGAGCGCAGCGAGGUCCGGGCGCGGCUGUUCGACGUGGAGGUGUGCACGGGCAGGUGCGUCCUCCAGAGGGGAAAGGACGCCGCCGUGAAGAUCCGCCGCG